AUACAGACAGAGAAAGCAGCGGACGCAGAACAGCAGACAGAGUCCAACACUUCACACAUCUCAUACAGUUCCAGAGAUUCAAACAUGGGAUUAUCUCAGAUCAAACCUGAAUUUGUCACUGUUUUGGCUGAAAAACAAGUAAAAAGUGGACAAACUGUUAGACUUGAGUGUGAGGCAAACACAGAAGCAUUAAUCACAAUGUGGGAGAAGAACAACCAAAGACUGGAAUGCGUGGAGGGCAAGCAUAAAAUAACACAAGAUGUCAAAAGGUGUACCUUGGAAAUUGCAAAUGCUCAAGAAGGAGAUGAAGGGAACUACAAAUUAAACCUGCGUAAUAAGGCUGGUAGUGCCUCCUGCUCUGCCAUGGUCACUGUUGAGCUCAAUGAAUGGAGGACUGUCGAAUGGAAGCAAAUGCCAAUGAUUGAGAACCUGAGGACCUUUAAAAUUGGCGAUGACAAAGUCAGUGAGCUCCGCUUCCUUCUAUAUGGACCAGUUGGAGCUGGGAAAUCCAGCGUCAUAAACACCAUCAAAAGCAUUUUUGAAAGACGUCAGUUCAUCAACUGUCUGGCUGCAGCAGAGUCUUCUAAGAGUCACACCAUAUAUUAUGAAAAAUACUCAAUGGCGCAAGGUAAAUUCUUUCCUUUUGCCUUCAAUGACAUCAUGGGAGUAGAAAAGGAGAAGUGUGAAGGGGUCCUCACUGAUGACAUCAUUAGUGCUCUGAAAGGACAUGUAAAAGAAGACUACCAGUUCUUUUCAACACACCCACUGUCUAAAGACAGCACAUAUUACCUGACCAAUCCCUCCCUGAGUGACAUGACGCACUGCCUGGUGAAUGUUAUACCAGCAGACAAGCUGGCACUGAUUAAAGGUGACUUUAUUGGGAAGAUGAAGGUUGUCAGACAAGCAGCAAGCAGAAUGGGUAUGCCUCAGGUGGUUUUCCUGACCAGAGUGGAUCGUGCAUGCCCAAUGACAAAGGCCAAUUUGCGUGAUGUCUACAAAAGCAAGAAGAUGAGGAAUAAAAUACAUGAAUGCAGUAACAUACUGGGCGUCCCAAUAAACUGCAUCUUUCCUGUGGCGAACUAUCAUGACGAGACCGGUAUCAAUGAGGACAUCAACUGCCUGAUGCUGGACGCCUUAACAAAGAUUGUAGACUGGGCUAAUGACUACGUGGUCAAAUGUUCCAACAAACAAGUACAUGUAGAAUGAGGAAAAUAUAUACAUUAAAUACUGAGGGGCAAAUGGCCCCACCUAAAAGGAAUAUGAAUGUAUAUAAUUGAAUUGUCCUGUUAAAAGAAAAGCUUUGAUGCGUUACUGGUAAAAAACAUUACUGAGGAAAUAAGGGUCUUGCAUCUGUCAUUAUGUAAUGAUAAAGUUAUUGCAAUCAGUGAUGCACAGGCUGCAUUGAUGGCAAAAUGUACAGUAAAUAUAUGUACAAUAUCAUAUUGGCAGAUGAUGACUAGGCACUGAAAUUUGAUGACACAUUUACUGCAGUCUGAAAGAGCAGAAUAUUGAGGUGAUGCUGGGCUACUGUACUAAAAUCUUUGCAUUUUAUUCAUUUUACUGCUUUAAGUUUUUAUGUGUCAGCAUCGACACUGGCAUAUACAAUAUUAUGCAAAAUCAAUGAUCUUUAUUUAUUUAAAGACAGGUCGAUUAUCUUAUAUCUAUUCUCUUCAGAAAUAUCUACCAGAACUGAAUCAUAUGUAUUCAAUGGCCAUUUUGGCUGGAAUGUACACAAAAAAUGUCAGAUAUCAACAUUGGCCCAAAGUUCCCAUAUUGGCCCACCCCUAAUAUAGUUAUUAUCAUAUAUACAUAUCGCUGUUGUCGAAAGAAAACCUCGUAUCUCCAAAAUGGUAACUUUACAGGAAAAGGAAAAACCUUCUUUACUUUUAAUGUAAGUCAAUGGAACCAGACUUUUUUAUGUCAUUUUGGGCCAUUUCUUUUGGUCCGUUCUUCAUGAAAUUUAUACACAGUGUAAAGGGCAUUUUCUUGAUUUUUGCAUAUAUUCUUAAAUCCACCUUUAAAGGCACUUGCUUAUGACAUAAUAUCCACAUAUGACAGUCCACAAUUUUCAGAACAAUCUCAGCUCACUCAUGAGGCCCUUUUGACCUGGAAUACUGUGUAAAGUGAUGCUUGUGCCCAAAACCUGAAAACAUGGUUUAAGAAGUUCUUAAUAUCACUUGUGAAAACAUAGUUUUACUCAUGUGGAUGAAUAGUUUUGGUGCAAAAACAGUUCAAUCGGUUUACCAAAAUCUUUGGUUCACAAAAGUAGUGGAAUGUAUGAAUAAAAUAGUGAAUAAAUGUUUUCCUCAUUGCUAUUUUCUAAAACUUUACGCACAUGUUUCACAUCUUUUUACAAGGCAACUGAAUGAAAAAUGAAGUGAUUUCAAUGUUAUGUGUAAGUCUUUAUUUCUUGAGUGUCCAUUGGUCAAUUUCACACAAAAUAUAGACAGACACACAAAUCCACCAAUUACAGGCAAGAGGCAGAUGACGGACACACAAAUCUACCAGUUACACACAGUGAGAGGCAGAUGGCAUGUAUUUCAACUUGUCUUCACUGACUCAUAACCCUGGAUGUGAGUCACAUAUGAUCUCAUGAUAAGAUGGAAUUGAAAGGGCGACUCUACUGAUUCACUGUUUGAACUGUAUUUCUGUACUGUAUUAUUGCCAAUAUAUUAAUAAAAACACUGAGAUACAUCUUA